CGCUACAGUGUGCUCGAACGAGCUACAGAGAUCAUGCUAAACCCACGAAAGUCUUCGUACCGAGGAGGUUAGACUUCACAGGUUGCAGUAUUAGCGCAAAACUCGGUUUACUAUGCCUGAAGACAGCGUGGACACGCCGUGUCUAGUUACGUGCACCGCUCCGGUGAAUAUUGCUGUCAUUAAGUACUGGGGGAAGAGGGAUGAAGAUUUAAUUUUGCCCAUCAAUUCAUCGUUGAGCGUCACUUUGCAUCAAGACCAGUUGAAAACGACGACAACGGUUGCGAUCAGCAGGACUUUUCAGGCCGACCGAUUAUGGCUCAAUGGCAAAGAAGAGGACAUCAAUCAUCCAAGACUGCAGUCCUGUCUGAGAGAAAUCAGACGACUGGCGAGGAAGAGACGUAACGAUGGAGACCCUCGGCCGACUGAUUCGGCUGGAUUGUCUCAGAAAGUCCACAUUUGCUCUGUUAACAACUUCCCCACAGCUGCUGGGCUUGCCUCCUCAGCAGCUGGAUUUGCUUGUCUCGUUCAUACUUUGGCUCAGGCAUUUGGUGUGGAAGGAGAGCUUUCUGGGAUCGCUCGCCAAGGCUCAGGUAGUGCCUGCAGAAGCAUGUAUGGCGGGUUCGUCCAAUGGAUCAUGGGAAAGGAAGAGGAUGGGAAGGACAGUGUCGCCCAGCAGGUGGAGCCAGAGAGUCACUGGCCUGAACUCAGGAUUCUUGUUCUCGUGGCGAGUGCUGAGCGGAAGCCGAUAGGGAGCACCUCCGGGAUGCAAACCAGCGUACAAACAAGCUCACUGUUAAAGCACCGAGCAGAGGCCGUCGUCCCUCGUCGGAUGGUCGACAUGAUCGAGGCGGUGCGAAGAAGGGAUUUUCCGGCAUUUGCCGAGCUAACCAUGAAGGACAGCAACCAGUUUCAUGCCACCUGCCUUGACACAUACCCACCUAUCUUCUACCUCAACAGUGUCUCCCAGCAGAUCAUGCACCUUGUGCAUCGAUAUAACAAAUACUACGGAGAGACAAGGGUGGCCUACAGUUUUGAUGCAGGUCCAAAUGCCGUGAUCUUCACUUUGCAGCAGUUUGUUCCUGAGUUCGUCCAGCUGGUUCAGCACUUCUUCCCCCCAGACAGGAACGGAGACGAUUUUAUUAAAGGUCUUCCAGUCAAGUGUGCUGCUCUUCCCGUGGAGCUGAAACAGAGUAUUGGCCUAGAGCCCGUUCCAAAGGGAAUUAACUACAUCAUUAGCACAAAGGCUGGACCAGGCCCACGUGUUGUUGAGGAUCCAUCUCAGCACCUCCUCUCAGCCGAAGGUUUACCAAAGAAAAUGGUCUGAGGAGCCUCUACUCUGCAGAAACUAGCCUUGCUCUACGGCAAUGAGUCUUACUCCUGAUCUGAAACUUACAAGAUGAAACAUGUUAUUUUUUUUUUUAAAUCAUUCAAAAAAACCUGUAAAAAACAAAAACUGUUUUUUAUAAGAUUUUAUCACAUAAUAAGUCUCUUUAGCUGACAGUCUUUACAAAACAGCUCAUUGAUUACUCAAAUGUAUUGUUUAGCAUUUAGUUGCCUUCAGUGGAAGCUGUACAGUCACAUUGGAGAUUAAUGUGUACGCUGGCACCAGGUUUAAUACUUUUUAUUUUAUUUUACUGAGGUCUCCCUGGACAUUUUUAAUUUUUUCUAACAAUGUUGAAAUUAAACCUUAGCUAUGUUCAGGCCAGCUGACAACCUUGUCUUGGGCCAGGACAUCUAAGAUAGAUUUCCACGCAUAACGUUCUGUAACUAGCAAAAAGUUAAGUAAUAUUUAACUUUUUAAGACGUGAUGGAUACUAUAUUGUAUCUCUUUCUCCAAUGUUCUGCUUCACUCUCCUCUUCCCUUCUUUCCCUCCUAUGCUCUUCCUACCUUUGUUUUUUUUAUUAUUAGUUUUCCAGUUUAGAACAGUUUCAACAGUAGAAAGCUAAUCUAAAAA